CUCCACCGCCCAUUCACCCGCCCGCAGUGUGUGCUAGAACGUUACAGUGACCACUACUCCCGUGCAAGGACUUAUUGUUUAACCAUGAAUUCACGGUGUUUAUUAGUGCUAGCAGCCGCCCUCGGCGUGGCUGUUGCCCAAGAAUCCUUCAAAUGUCCCGAUGACUUCGGCUUCUACCCUCACCACAUCUCUUGUGACAAAUACUGGAAGUGUGACAACGGCGUCGCUGAACUGAAGACUUGCGGUAAUGGGCUCGCCUUCGAUGCUUCUGACUCCAAGUAUUUGACUGAAAACUGUGACUACCUCCACAAUGUCGAGUGCGGCGAGAGGACACAACUUGAGCCCCCAAUCUCAACUCCCCACUGCACGCGGUUAUACGGUAUCUUCGCUGACAAUGCCAAGUGUGACGUUUUCUGGAACUGCUGGAACGGUGAAGCUUCCCGCUACCAGUGCAGUCCUGGACUCGCUUACGACAGAGAAGCCCGUGUGUGCAUGUGGGCUGACCAGGUCCCUGAGUGCAAGAACGAAGAAGUAGCAAACGGUUUCUCUUGCCCCGCCCCUGGUGAGGUUUCCAACGCUGGAUCUUUCAGUCGUCAUGCCCACCCCGAAGAUUGCCGCAAAUACUACAUCUGUCUUGAGGGAGUAGCCCGUGAAUACGGUUGCCCGAUCGGAACCGUCUUCAAAAUCGGUGAUGCUGAUGGUACUGGUAACUGCGAAGACCCCGAAGAUGUUCCCGGAUGCGAGGACUACUACGGCGAUUUGGAUCUGAAGUCAAUCCGCAAGAGCGAACUGCUCGCCGGCCUCCAGAGCAGCGGAGCACACUCCACCCAGCCCAAGAUCAAACCUCGCCCCCAAAAAGAAAACUAAAUACUCAACUUCCCACCCCCUAACCUUAUAAUACUCACAACUUUAAGGUCCCAACACAGCACGAGCAACUACAACCUGUACAGGUUUUCAUAUUAAAUCACAGCUCAGUUAAUAAAACGUUGCUAUUGAUGUGUUCAAGACUUAAUUUCAGGUUCAAAUUCGUAUAUUUUAAGUGAGUGAAGCCAAUUUGAUUUGUAUUCAUUUCCAAUUGCCAAAUACUUUUCUCGUUGUAACCUUUGAUAACAGUUUCGGAAGGCAGGUUAGAAAGUUUGUAGAAAACAUACUGCGGUAGCUAUAUUUAUUUUAUAUUAUACGUAGAUUUGAAAGCGUCCUGUUAGGUAAUACCGAGAUCUAAUUUUACCACGUCAUGCUUUUUUUUAUAAUAGAAUUGUAUUUUGUUGUUAUUAAGAUGAUUCUGUUUGAAAAUGGGUUUGCAUUUAUGAGUUUAAGAUGUGAAACGAUGCAACAGGACUUCUAACUCAAAAUCAACAUUCCGAUUGUACCAGCCACGGCCUUGUAAAUAACUUAUAUACUGUUUUCUCGCUGCGACUGAGUGUUGUUGUUCGAUAUAGAAACUGUAAUACUUAAGAUUUAUGUUUAGUGAUAAAAAUAAACAAAAUAUAUAAAAAAAA